GAGAGCGCGGAGCGCACCAGUCUCGCUGCGGACUGCGGAGUGCGGAGCGGCGGGCCAUGGCGCGGCUGAUCUAACGGGGCAAAAAGCAAUGCCUGCUCGGCACGCGAGUUGAACGGGGCGAUGCCGGGCCUGGUGGCGUUCAGGCGCCGGUGGAGUGUCGGCAGCGACGACCUGGUGGUGCCGGGCGCCUUCUUGUUCUUCCUUCACGCCGCCUGGCUGUGCACGUUGGGCACACUACUGGGCACAGCACAGCUGGACCACGACUUGCUGUGCGCACACCAGCUGUGGCAGCACUUCAUCUGUUGCACUGCCAUCUUAGCAUUCAGCACGCUGCUGGAGCUGAGCAUCUCCAUGGUAUCCAUGCGUGGCUCCAUCCUGGACACCGACAAGCGAGCGUCAAUCAAGUACCUCAUCUACCUGCGUCUAGUGGCGAUGAUCGUGGAGGUGGUGUGGCUGUCUCUGGGCACGGUGUGGCUGUAUGUGCACUACUCGCAGUGUCCAGUGAACGGAGCGAAGCAAGUCCUUAUGGGUGUGGUGGUGUGCAACUGGGUGGUAGUGCUGUGUGUGUGCGCCACUGUGUGGUGUACUUUUGACGCGGCGGGCCGCUCUUGGGUCAAGAUGAAGAAGUACCAGCGGAGCAUGCGCGAGUCGGAGUCUCGCUUCCAGUACAAGCGCUCCGGCACGACAGCUCGGAACUGGAGGCAGAGGAAAGUGAUCCGUGCCUAUCAGGACAGCUGGGACCACAGGUGUCGGCUGUUGUUCUGCUGCAUCAGGAACACCGAUCGUAACAGGAAUUCUUUUGCGGAUAUCGCUCGACUGCUCUCCGACUUCUUCCGAGACCUGGACGUGGUUCCGUCGGACGUGGUGGUCGGCCUGGUGCUGCUCCGCAAGUUCCAGAAGAUAGAGCGUGAAACUAUCGUGAAGGAGAACAGAAACGACAUAUAUGAGUAUUUGUCUGGCGUGGCGGUGACAUCCCACACGCAGUUUCUCGCCCUGAGUGACCCAGAGCACUUGGACCACUUCAAUGCCACCAUCCACUACAUGCACUAUGCACUGGCUGCCUACGGCUGGCCCAUCUUCCUCAUGACCAACAGUCGCACUGGGAUCUGCCAGCUGGCCGCUCGUCUCAGAUGUAGCUGCUUGGCGUGUGCCACCAGCCCCGACCCCGCCAUCGUUAUAGAAGACAACUGUUGCCAGUGCAACUACGCAGCAUUGCGCAACUUGGUGGACACGGGUCAGGUCGACGUGGUGUAUGCUACCUACCAUGUCGAUGUGGGCGAGACGCCUUUCUUUGUCGCCGUCGACUACAGCCGUAGCAAGAUUGUAGUCAGCAUCAGGGGCACUCUUUCUAUGAAGGGAAUGGUCCAGGCAGCAGAGUACAUUCGGCUGAAGCUGGAGGAGGAGAAAAUUUUAGAGAAGGCAUUUCUCUUCAGCAUUGAGCGUGGCACAAAAGAAUUUGAACUGGUUCUAGUGGGGCACUCUUUAGGAGCCGGCACGGCUUCUAUUCUCGCCAUCCUGCUGCGUCAGACAUACCCUUCUUUACAGUGCUUCGCUUACUCGCCGCCAGGGGGUUCUCUCAGCAUGCCUGCUGUGGAGUACACCAAGUCAUUUAUUACAUCGGUGGUGUUGGGAAAGGAUGUUGUCCCUCGGAUAGGUCUGCACCAACUUGAAUCUCUUAGAGCAGACCUCAUUAACACCAUUAAAAGGAGCAAAGAUCCAAAAUGGAAGACAAUCAUGUGCAGUGUGGUGUGCUGCGGCUGUGCACCGACACCCACAUCCGCAGUCGAAUUAAGGUCCGACGGCAACAACAUCACACAGUACCAGGAAGAGAAGGAAGCAACACGCGUCGGCCCGACACAUACUUCCGACUCCAGCAUCGCCCUCACAGUGCACCAGCCUCUGUACCCACCGGGCCGCAUCAUACACAUUGUCAGGCAUCACCCCAACAACAAAGAUAGGAAACUAAUGAAGAAAAAGGAACCUGUAUAUCAAGCUGUUUGGGCAAACAAUACAGACUUUGAUGAGGUGCUUAUUUCUCCGGUAAUGAUACAGGACCACAUGCCCGACAAUGUUCUUCAUGCUCUCAAGAAGGUGGUUGCGCGGUAGUCCGGGUGUGCCUAGACCGGUGUGGGGGACGUGGCGAUCACGUCUUAGCGACACCGUCCACCGGACAACCAGCAUCCACGUGACUCUCUCGUUAUAUCGCUGGGACGGACUUCCUAUCAUCCUCAUGAAUGUUCCACCUACCUGUUGUAUUAUAUUUGCUUAAAAAAAAUGAAGAAAUAUUUGACAAAUUGUUUGCUUUCAUUGUUUUCUUAUUUACACUUAUUUUAGAAAAUCAUUUGUUAUUUUGUGUGUUUUCCUUUAUUGUUUUUUUUAUUUGUAUGCGUUAUGCUGUCAUAACUAAACAAGUGGCCCUGUGUUUUA